AUGUCGGAUAACAUCUAUGUCAAGAGUGUGGCAGGCACCUGCAUCACAUUCUCUUUUAUCCUCGCCGGAAAUGCCAUCACACAAUCCUACAUGACUGUCCCCGCCCUCCUCGUUGACUUUCCUCCCCCGGGCUCAAAAGACCACAAAGACCGCGCACGCCUCCUUGGCCGCCAAUGGCCGCUUUGCUGGACAGUAGGAAACCAAUUCUUCCGUCCCAUUUCCACACUCGGCUUCCUUGGGUAUGCCUACGCGGGUUACUCUGUGUACCGCGAGGGUGUGCUUGCGCGCAGCGACUGGAGGCUGUUUGGUGUUGCGGCGGUGAUGCAUCUGACAACCAUUCUGCACUCGGCGAUCAACAUGCAGCCGCUGAAUGAUAAGUUGGAGGCGCUGGCGGAACGGAGCAGUGAGAAGGAGUUGGGCGAGGCACAAGAGAUUGCGACUAAAUGGGCGAGCUGGAAUAGGUUGAGAUUGGUUACGCCGGUUGUUGCGGGAGGUUUGGCGUUGUGGAACUUGCUUUCUUUGUAG